CUAUGGUCAAGACUUUGCUAUACCGGAUCGCUUUAUUAGGAGUGCUGCUCCGUAAAACACACCGUCCUCCCCCAGCACCAGCAACCAUUGUCAGAAGUGAUGGCUGCCCCGGCAUUUGGAAAUGGGUGGAAUCCACAGUUCGGUUGGGACCCGAGAACAAGUGCUGGCUAUGGGAACCCUAUUUCCGGUGUUGGCAUCGGGGGUGCUGGCGAUUUCAUGAGUCGGAGUUUCUUUUCUGCCGUGCCCGGGGGCGCUAUGUUUCCCGGACCGAACAUACAUUCUGGGUACCACUAUUCCGUUCCCGUUUUCCCAGGCAUGAACACCCGCUUGCAGACUCCCCAUCCCGUUGUUGAUUACGACGCCCCAGCUCUGAACUUAUCCAACUCGACGGGCGGAGUCGGUUGCGAGCCCGGCUACAAUUAUUUCUUCCCCCCAGAACACACCAAGCUUCACAUCAUCAAGUCGUCAACUGCCCCCUGGAGACUCCCGGAGGGUGCGUCGAUGAGUUUCGGCGCUUAUCACGUCCCUGUCCACACCACGCUUUCCGAUCUCAUGCUGGGUUUCGGGGCCACCAACCCGAUUCCACAGCAGAACAGAGUUACCGAGAUCAUCCAAGGAGGAAACGGGAAGUGGUACAGGGGCGUUACUUUCUCAGGGGAAGACCUGGAGCAGAUGGCAAAGACGCUCAGAGACCUUGGCUGGGACCGCAGCCGGACCGGGCGUACAGGAGAGAAGCCUGUCGUCUGGCUCUGGAUCACCAAGGAUUGACAUAUUCCUUGAGGUGAUAGAGAAGAGCGUGUGCUGAGCUUCGGUUGACGAGUCGACGGCGGAUUUCCCAGUGGAAUUUAUAGCAGGACUAUGUGCCGUGUGUUAUGAGGAUUUAUCACUGAGGUAAGCGGGGGUUGUAUUAUCUUCAUAGUCACAUAUUAAUCAACCAAAUUCACGAAUUUUC